AUGGAGGUUGGCGAAGAAAAAUUACUUCGUACAAAAAUUUGUUCUGUAAUGCAAUGUGCAUAUAAGGUGUUUGAUAAAAUGCUUAUUAGAAAUCCUGUGUCUUGUACCAUCGCAAAUGUGGCAACUACUCCUACAAUUGUAGUUUCUCCUAAAGUAGCACCUUUGCUCACUCCUGGAGGAACAAAAAAAUGGCUUCCAAUAUGCCUCAAUGAAUACACAUUUUCUGCUGGGUUCAACACAAGAAAGUCUACAACUAAAAGGAAAAGAAGAAGAAAAGAAUUGAAAUCACAGUAUAUCGUAUGCAAUAAAGAAGGAUACAAAGAGAAAAGAAAGCCUACGUCUGAAAAAGAUUUAAAUAACAACGAAGGAAAAAGCAAUGAAGAAAAAUCUUCAAUCAAAAGGAAGAGACUCGUUACUCGUGUUGGGUGCAAGGCACAUAUUAUCAUAAAGCAUUGUGAUGAUAACAAAUUCAUAGUGUCACAAUUUUAUGAGGGACAUACUGAUCCACUUUAUACACCUAGUUGCAAUCUCUUCCAAAAAGAAGGAAGAAAAAUGAACAUAUUGCACAAAAAAAUAAUUGUGAAUGAUUCUAAGGUGAAUAUUGGUCCAGUUACAACUUUUCGAAUGAUGAAGGAAAUUGUUGGAGGAUAUGAUAACAUCGAUGCAUCUAAGCAAGAUUUCAAAAUUUUUCAUGGAGAUUUGAAAGCACACAUUCAAGGAAGUGAUGCUCAAAUGUUUGUGGAUAACUUUACCAACAAAAAGCUAACGUGGAGCGCUUUUUUCUUUGAUUUUGAGAUGGAUGAAGAUUGUUGCCUUUGUAAAGCAUUAUGGGCUGACCCCCUUUGUAAAAAGAGUUACGCUCUAUUUGAUUCUAUUACAGAUUGUGAGCGCGUGUACAGCAUGGUGUUUACUCCAUUUACAAGGGUUGACCAUGAUCAGAGCUGCAUUACUUUUGUUGUUGGUUUCAUAGCAAAGGAAGAUAUAGUGUCAUUUGAGUGGUUGUUCAGAUCAUUUCUCAAGGCAAUGGGUGGAAAUGAACCGAAUUGUAUGAUUUCAGAUCAAGAUCCAGCAAUAAAAAUUGCCAUUAAAAGUGUGUUUAACAAGAUUGAACAUCGCUUCUGUAUAUGGCACAUAAUGAAAAAGUUACCAUAUAAGGUGGAGAAAUCAAUCAUGCCAGAAGAAACUGGUUUCCUAAAAAAAUUAUGUGCUUAUGUUUGGCAUCUUGAAAUUGAACCUGCUGAGUUUGAAGAAAGGUGGAACAAGGUGAUGGUUGAAUACCACUUGGAAGAACAUGAGUGGUUAGGUUAUAUGUAUAAGAUAAGGAACAAGUGGAUUCUGGCGUAUUUCAGAGAUGUGUUCCUUGGAGGAAUAAUGCGUACAACAUCAAGAUCCGAAAGCGAAAACAACUUGUUCUGCUCCUUUAUCAAUCCUCAUGUGUCACUUGUUGAGUUUUACUUGAGAUAUGAAGUUGCAAUUGAUGCCUGGAGACACACUCAAGGUCAGAAUGAUAACGAUUCAAAGCACAAAUAUCCUGAGUGCAAAACACGACUAGGGAUAGAAAAGCAUGCCUCACAUUUAUAUACUCUGUCUUUUAUGAAUUUCAAUAUGAGGUUGAAGUUGCUUGUUUUUCUUGUCGUGUUGAUGAAUUGA